UAGAGAGCCUUCCUGCGUCCCGCUAUGACAGGAUGUUCAGGAAAGGGAAGAAGCGGCACAGCAGCAGCAGCUCGCAGAGCAGCGAGGUCAGCACGAAGAGCAAGUCUGUAGAUUCCAGUCUUGGGGGCCUUUCCAGGUCUAGUACUGUUGCUAGUCUAGAUACAGACUCUACCAAAAGCUCAGGUCAAAGCAAUAGCAAUUCUGAUACAUGUGCAGAAUUCAGAGUUAAAUAUGUGGGUGCCAUUGAAAAGCUGAAAGAUAACGAGAGCAAAAAUCUGGAAGGGCCUUUGGACUUGAUUAAUUACAUAGAUGUUGCACAGGCUUUUGUUUGUUUCCCUCCAAAGCAAGAUGGAAAGUUACCUUUUGUUCCAGGUGAAGAGGAGUUUAUUAUGGGAGUCUCCAAAUAUGGCAUAAAAGUUUCAACAUCUGAUCAAUAUGACGUGCUGCACCGCCACGCGCUCUACCUCAUCGUGCGCAUGGUCUGCUACGACGACGGGCUGGGCGCCGGCAAGAGCCUGCUCGCCCUCAAGACAACAGAUGCGGCCUCCGAAGAGUGCAGCCUCUGGGUCUACCAGUGCAGCAGCCUGGAACAGGCACAAGCUAUUUGCAAAGUGUUAUCCACAGCCUUUGAUUCAGUUUUGAUGCUGGAGAAGUCCUGAUGUGCUGCAGCAGCCUCUGCCUGCAGCCCCCGCAGCCUCAGUGUGAGGAGGGAAGGGGCCUC